AUGAGAAUGACCCUAUCUUCAUUAGUAAUUUCAAUUACGUUUUUCUUCUCAUUAAUAGCAGCAGAAACUCAUACAUGGUACUUUAAGACCGGUUGGGUCAAUGCCAAUCCUGAUGGUGUAUUUGAAAGACCAAUGAUUGGUUUCAACGACAGUUGGCCCUUACCUACCUUGAGAGUAAAAAAAGGUGACAGAAUUCAAUUAUACUUAAUUAAUGGUUUUGAUAAUUUGAAUACUACUUUACAUUUUCAUGGGUUGUUCCAAAAUGGUACCAAUCAAAUGGAUGGUCCAGAAAUGGUCACUCAAUGUCCUAUUCCACCUGGUGAAACCUACUUGUACAACUUCACUGUUGAUCAAGUUGGAACGUAUUGGUAUCAUAGUCACACAGCAGGCCAAUAUGGUGAUGGUAUGAGAGGUGUUUUUGUCAUUGAGGAUGAUGAUUUCCCCUACGAUUACGAUGAAGAUGUUGUUUUGACAUUAGGGGAUCAUUAUCAUGAUUACUCGAAUGAAAUCAUCCCCACAUUUUUAAGCAGAUUCAAUCCUACUGGUGCAGAACCUAUCCCACAAAACUUCUUGUUUAAUGAAACAAGAAACCUUACAUGGAAAGUUGAACCCGGUAAGACUUAUUUGGUGAGAAUUGUUAAUAUUGGGGGAUUUGUUUCACAAUACUUGUGGAUGGAAGACCAUCAGUUUACUGUCGUUGAAGUAGAUGGUAUUUAUGUUGAGAAAAACACAACCGAUAUAUUGUAUAUUACUACUGCACAAAGAUAUAGUGUUUUGAUUACCACAAAAAACUCCACUGACAAGAAUUAUGCUUUCAUGCAACGCGUUGAUACUGAUAUGUUGGAUGUCAUUCCCUCCGAUUUGCAGUUGAAUGGUACUAACUAUAUUGUGUAUAAUGAAGACGCCUCAUUACCUGAUGCUUAUGAUGUCGACUCGCUUGACGACUAUUUAGAUGAUUUCUAUUUGAAGCCUUUGAGUAAGGAGAAGCUAUUAGAUGAUGCUGAUUACACCAUCACUGUUGAUGUUCAAAUGGAUAAUUUAAAUGAUGGAGUUAAUUAUGCUUUCUUCAAUAAUAUUACUUACAAAGCACCAAAAGUUCCUACUUUGUUGACUGUUUUGAGUGCUGGUGAUGCUGCCACCAAUGAAUUGAUUUAUGGAACCAAUACCAACAGUUUUGUGUUACAAGGUGGCGAUGUUGUUGAUAUUGUUUUGAAUAACUUGGACACUGGGAAGCAUCCAUUCCAUUUACAUGGUCAUGCCUUCCAAUUGAUUGAGAGACAUGAAGAAAUUCCCGAUACAGAAGACCCAGUUACCUACAAUGCUACUGAUCAUGCAGAUUGGCCAGAAUAUCCAAUGAUGAGAGAUACUGUCUAUGUUAGACCUCAAUCCUACAUUGUCAUGAGAUUCAAAGCCGACAAUCCAGGGGUUUGGUUUUUCCACUGCCAUAUUGAGUGGCAUUUAGAACAAGGUUUAGCCUUCCAAUUGAUUGAAGACCCUCAAGCUAUUCAAAAAAAUGAAAAGAUCACCGACAAUCACAAACAAAUCUGUGAGAAGGUUGGUGUUCCAUGGCAAGGUAAUGCUGCUGCUAAUAACAAGGAUUAUUUGAAUUUGGAUGGCGAAAACCUUCAAGUAAAGAGAUUGCCAACGGGCUUCACUGCUAAGGGUAUUGUUGCCUUGGUUUUCUCGUGUAUUGCAGGAUUCUUAGGAAUGGCAGCAAUUUCCUACUAUGGUAUGCAUGACAUUCAAAAUAUGGAAAAAAGAAUUGCCAGAGAUUUGGAUGUGUACUUUGAUGAUGAUGAAGAAGAAGAUCAAAGCAUCACUGAACAGGAUGCAACUGGUUCCUCCUCAAGUCCAUCAAACAAAUAG